ACGCCGAGUUUGUUGCUGCUGCACGUUUGGUGAUUCUCGUGUCUGUAAAAUGUAUAUUUAACCACUUUCGAGGCUUCAAAUGCCAUGUUUUCCGAGAUGAGACUAACAUUUAAUAAUCCGAGUGCCGGGAAUUUGAUUAGAAAUUUGCGCUUUUUCCCUCAGACCACAAAGCAGAGCUAGCUCCACCUAAAUUUUAACAAAUUUUGUAACUUAGCCAAACACUGUUCACCAGUUGUUUUCUAAAUUGGCGAUAUUUUAAAAGCUGUUGAACGCGAUGGCAGCAGAGGAUUGUACACCUUGCUCAGAGUUCUUCAGCUGGGAACUUGACUUUUCCACAUCUGAUGGAUUAAAACAGGAGAAACAACUUUCUGCCUCACAGAGGAGAUGUUACAGCCUCUGCAGGAGGAAGUCAUUUGCUGCCUUUGUGGCAUCCAAGCAGGACGACAGUCAGGAGGAAGGAAGCACAUCGUGGUCCUGCUGCGGCCAGACCUUUAAAGAACACCCUGAUAUUCACAAGCACGUGGCCAGAACUCAUGAUGCUGAAAUAAAGCAGCUCACAUGGGCCACAUAUGAAUGUCCGCUAAGCCAACUGGAGGAAGAACCUGAAACACAGCACAGAGACGAGGCGGCGGACAUUUCUGUGUGGAUACCCGACAUCAGUCACAUCUCUGAGGAGCAACUUCAGAAGGGUCCAGGCAAGGUCAUCCUCUAUUAUCACUACUGUCAGGUGGAGGAUCCACAUGUCAUCUGUGCUUGGCAGAAAGCUUUGUGUGAAAAGCUCCACUUAACCGGCAAGGUGAGGGUGGCGAUUGAAGGCAUCAAUGGGACAGUUGGAGGGACCAACACAGCGACUGAAAUUUACAUCGACGCAAUGCGUUCACAUCCUCUCUUCAAGAUGGAUAGGGAGGAUUUUAAGACGAGUGAUGGUGGUGCAGACUGUUUCACAGACCUGAGGGUUGGGGUCUACAAAGAAAUCGUCCCAAUGGGAGUGGAUCCUGAUGUCAUCUCCUACCGAUUAGCAGGAUCUCAUCUGGAGCCUGAGGAGUUUCACAAAGAAGUGGAGGCUCUUUUGGCCAAAGGGGAUUUGUGCAAGGACACCGUCCUCCUAGACUGCCGUAACUUUUAUGAGAGUAAAAUUGGGCAGUUUACUCAGUGUCUGGCCCCAAACAUCCGUAAGUUCAGCUACUUCCCGGACUACGUCGACCAGAACCUCGACCUGUUCAGAGACAAAAAGGUCCUCAUGUACUGCACAGGAGGGAUCCGCUGUGAGCGCGGCUCUGCCUACCUCCGCUCAAAAGAUGUGUGUAAAGAGGUUUACCAGCUGAAAGGUGGAAUUCACAAGUACCUGGAGCGUUUUCCAGAGGGUUUCUAUCGAGGAAAACUCUUUGUCUUUGACGAGCGCUACACCAUCUCCUCCAACAGUGACGUCAUCUCAGACUGCAGGUACUGCGGCUGUCCGUGGGACCAGUACAAGCUCUGUUCCACUCGGUUCUGCUGCCAGCUGGUUCUGUCGUGUCACAGCUGCAGGCGGGCCGGACACACCGCCUGCUGCCCCACCUGCCAAACCAAAGGACAGGCUCCGAGCGAGGCGUCCUCCACCGCUCCGCAUCACAAAGAGGAGUGCGAGUGCACCGAUGGACGUCCCAGAAUCCCUCUGGACGUGUAGCGGUUGAAAAAUGCUGCAUG